AUGAAAAAUGAAAAUUUCUACUUUCUCCCCUCUCUCGUAAACCCUAGCAAAAAAAAAUCAGUGAGAUUCACAUUUUCUCCAUACAGUCACCAAAAAUGGCUUGGCGCAAUGCACGAUCCGCUGCCCGUUCCUUCGCCGCCGCCACCGCAAGAGCACCGUCUCUCCGUACCCCUACGACGGCGCUUCCUCGCCUCCGCCCUUCCCCAUCCUCUUCACCUGGCCGUCGCUUCUCCUUUUCAUCUCCUUCCAGGAAUCUAGGAGCGCUUGGUUGCACGCAGUCUUUCUUGCCUCUGUACAGUGUUGUGGCUGCCUCUCAGCUCACCUCUCAUCUCAAUGUUAAUUUGCGUGCUUUCUGCGAGCUGCCAAACGGUACCUUCCGACGCACUUGUCAAGAUCGCUAAUUGUCCUCUUUGUACUUGAAGAGGCAGAGGAGAGAGGAGCCUGUAAUGCAACAGUGCAUGCAUCAGUUACUUUGAAGGGGUGUGAGAGAUCCAAAGAUUGGGUUACCUCAGAAAAACUUAAAUCAUUCUGUUACUUUUGUUUAGAAGAGUUCAGUUCCAUAUUAUCUGGGAUCCCUUUGAUUUUUAAUAGCUGUAGCGCUUUUUCGUUUGCUUGGCGCAAUAUUUUCUCUCUCCGAAAACUUUACGUUUUGUUUUGUUUUGUUUUGGAAAGAUGAAUAAAGUUCUGAAACUACUUGGCAUU